UAAAAUAUGUAACUAUUUCAUGUAAGAUUAAGGAACUAAAUGCAAAAGUUAGUUUUUUAUUGAUAUCAUGGAGGGAGCAUGUUUUUUUUUUGGUAGAGUACCUUGACUCUCAAGCUAGCAUAUAAUUACUUAUUUUGUUACUCUGUAAUUCAUUUAAAUAAAUGCACUAUAAUUUAUUACGAUAUUAAUUAUGUGGUGUGCUACAAUAGCUUCUUAGGCUUAAUACUCCUGAAUUUUCUAAAGGCAAUAAACUAAUUUAAGCCCUCAUUUAUUUGGGAAUGGGGGUUUCGAUGUUGUAGCUGCAUACUAAUUGCAUUUAUUACAUCCAACAGAGCAUUUAAAUUUUCUAAAAAGAUAGUAACAUCUGCUCGCUUUAUCAAUAUUCAAUCAAACAAUAUCGUAAGCCACGAAUUGGUAUAAAUAGCCGAUGGCUCUUGUACAUUUGGUUAAAUACAGUUAAUUAUUGUUGCGUGUAAGUUGAUAGCGGGUAUCAGUCCUAAAUAAACGCUAUAAUUUCAAAGAGAAAAUGAAAAUUUCAACGAUCCUAUUUGUUUCACUUGUCGGGAUGUUUUGCUGCUUGGCACGUUGUGAAAACUUUCCUUCGGUUCACUUGUUUUUGAAAGCGUCGAAGAAUGUACCCAGAAUUGGACGAAGUAUGGUUAAUAACGAGGAAUUUGAAAAAUUCUUUUUAAAGGCGUCGAAAUCGGUUCCUCGAAUUGGAAGGGGAGGAGACCAGGUUGAAAAUGGACAAAAAGAAAUAGUGCAAGCAACCGAUAAAAAAUCAUUGAGUACUAACCAAGCGCUACCAUUAUGGACUGGAAUUGCUACUGUAUAUGAAUUGGAUCCAUACGAGUCUCCUGAAAUUGCUUUGUCUGACGACACUUUACAGGAUAACAGAAAUAUUAACAAACUCUUCAGAUAUAAACGAGAUACAGUAAAAUAAAUGCCUGUCUUAUCUAAUAAGCUUUCAACUGUAUAUGUAACGGUCUAUUGCUAUACUUUUUUGUAAAGAUCUUGCUAUACAAAUA